AUGGCCUCUAUAGUAUAAUCAUCUAUAAAGAAAUUUUACCACAAUUCAAACUUAAAUUUGGUAAUAUUACAUGGAUUAAUGGGAUCUAAAAACAAUUUUAAGACAGUCUCUUCAUCUCCUUUAUUGACAAAUCAUCUCAAUUCAACACAUUUAUUAGAUUUGAGAAAUCAUGGAGAAUCUCCACAUCAUCAGUCUAUGACUUUAGGGGAAAUGGCCUUAGAUUUAUCAGAAUAUGUUAAAGAAUUAAAUGAUAUAGUGUUAUUAGGACAUUCUUUGGGUGGCAGAGUAAUUUUUAAAUAUUUAUAAUAAUAUGAAAAAGAAGUACAAUAAAAAGUGAAAGGAGUAAUAAUUGUAGAUAUUUUACCAAAGGCUGUUCAAUCAACUUUUGUUUAUGAAUUAUUGAAAAAAUUAAUCAAAAUAAACUUAAAUCAAAUAACUUACAAUGAAUUAUAAGAAAAGGUUUUUGAAGCCUCUUAAAAUAAAGCAAUAGCUUAAUUAUUAAUGACAAAUUUCUAAUCAUAAUAGACUAUAAUGAGAAGUAUUAUUAUAAAGUAUAUACUAAUUAGAGGAUAUUAAAUACGAUUUUAAAUGGAGAGUUAAUUUAUAAGGAAUAUUAAAUGAUUUUUAAACCAACAUUUUAACAGAUAUAACAGCCAAUUGGAAAGGUCCUCAUUGUGUAAUCUGUGGUGAUAAAUCUCAAUACGUAAAUAGAGAGACUGUUCAUUAAAUGAGUAUGGUUUUCCCCAAUUUCAAAGAGGCACAUUUCAUUAAAGAUUGUGGUCAUUGGGUUCAUUCAGAAUAACCACAGGAAUUUAUAAAAAUUGUGAGCUCAUUCAUUUAAACUUUAAAAUGA